GGCAGCCGGUGGCAUGGCAAAGCUAUAAGAGAAAAUGAACCUCUUGGUCCUCCUCCUCAGGAGGAGGCCUCUGUGGCGCCGCAAUGGAAGGCUCCAAGGCUCUGAGCAGCAGGACGGCGGCGGCCCUCUGCCUCCUGAGGAACGACUUGCGCUUCCACGAUAACGAGGUCCUUCACUGGGCUCACAAUAAUGCAGACCAUGUCAUUCCUCUCUACUGCUUUGACCCCAGGCACUAUACACAAACGCAUCACUACAAAUUCCCCAAAACAGGUCCCUUUCGCCUCAAGUUUCUGCUGGAAAGUUUGAAGGAUCUCAGGGAGACGUUGAAGAAGAAGGGCAGCAAUUUGGUGGUACGAAAAGGGAAGCCAGAAGAUGUGGUCCGUGAUUUUAUUGUCCAGCUUGGUUCUGUGGCUUCAGUGGCUUUUCACGAAGAGGCUACUAAAGAAGAGCUUGAUGUAGAGAAGGCACUGAUCCAAGUUUGCUCUGAGCAUGGGGUAGCAGUCCAGACUUUCUGGGGGUCGACCCUCUAUCACCAUCAUGACCUUCCUUUCAAGCACAUUUCCAGGUUGCCAGAUGUCUAUACACAGUUCCGCAAGGCUGUGGAGUCACAGGCAAGAGUCCGGCCCCUUCUGAAGAUGGCCGCUCAGCUAAAGCCACUGCCUCCAGAGAUAGAAGAAGGACACAUCCCCUCCCUGGAAGAUUUUGGAAUGACAGAACCACUCAAUGAUCCUCGUUCUGCUUUUCUCUGCAGUGGAGGGGAGACACAGGCCCUAAUGAGACUGCAGCACUACUUCUGGGAAACAAAUCUGGUUGCUUCUUACAAGGAGACACGGAAUGGAUUAAUAGGACUGGAUUACUCAACCAAGUUUGCACCAUGGCUGGCUCUGGGCUGCAUCUCACCACGGUAUAUUUAUGAGCAGAUCCAGAAAUAUGAAAAUGAGAUGACAGCAAAUCAGAGUACCUACUGGGUGCUGUUUGAAUUGGCAUGGAGAGAUUACUUCCGAUUUGUGGCCCUGAAAUAUGGCAGAAAGAUUUUCUUUCCAAGAGGACUUCAAGAUAAAGACGUUUCCUGGAAGAAAGACCCAAAACUCUUUGAUGCUUGGAAAGAAGGAAGAACUGGAGUUCCCUUUGUCGAUGCCAACAUGCGUGAGCUGGCCAUGACAGGCUUCAUGUCCAACAGAGGGCGCCAGAAUGUGGCCAGCUUCUUGACCAAGGAUUUGGGCCUGGACUGGAGGAUGGGAGCCGAGUGGUUUGAAUCUAUGCUGGUGGAUUACGAUGUUUGCAGCAACUACGGUAACUGGCUUUACAGCGCUGGCAUUGGCAAUGACCCCAGAGAAAACAGGAAAUUUAACAUGAUUAAGCAAGCCUUGGAUUACGAUGGCAAUGGAGACUACGCCAGACUCUGGGUUCCAGAAUUACAGGGCAUCAAGGGAGGAGACAUCCACACCCCAUGGGCCUUGAGCAAUGCCAGCCUUUCACAGGCUGGUGUCAGUCUUGGCAGCGCCUACCCUCUGCCAGUCAUCAUGGCUCCAGAAUGGAGUAGGCACAUCAACCGGAAGCCAAGCAACCAAGGUCCUGCUCCAAAGGGGAAAAAGGGUCCUUCAUACACCCCAAAGCAACACAAAAAUAGAGGAGUGGAUUUUUAUUUUUCUCGCAACAAGGACUUAUCUUGAGUGGAUGGCUACUGCAGCUGUGUGGGAAACCGGACCUGUGGAACUUUGGAAGAUGGUAAUUGCUAACCAUUGGUGGCCUUCCUGGGCCAAAUUAUCUUGGUCUUGACAAACCAAAGAGUUCUCUCUUCUUCAGAUUUAGAGAACAAUCAAAUUAUUUAAAGCAGAGGAGGGAAAUGUAUGCUCCAUGUGCUGCUUGCAUCCACCAAGGGCUUCUGUGCAAUCCCCUAGGCUGGGUCCUCAUCACCCAAAAGUUAUUUUAAGAAAACACACACCCCACAAAAUUAUCCUACAACAAACAGCAAUGCCUCUUUCAGCCUUCAGAGGACUCAACGCUCCAGUCAACAAGGUGCACCCAUUCCCUGCAUCUUCUUUUCACCUCCAAACCAGUUUUUUAAGAAACCAAAAGUGACCUUUUAGUCAUUUGUAGUUUUGCCAAAAUGGCCAGGGAGUGCAGCCCCCCUUCCCAGUCCAGGAUCUUCAUGGGAAAUCUCCCUACCUCCUAAAUUCUCUAUGGUGGCCAUUCCUGGUUUAAAGCAUUUGUUUUGUCUGGGUUAGUUUUAUUUAUUUAUACUUGACUGGAGCAUUCAUCUUGAAUGAUGGCAACAUUAAGUAAGUUUAUUCUGCACCUUAAUAUUACAGUGGUUCCUCCACAUUCACUGAGGUUAGGGGUGAAGGACCCCUGUGAAUGUGGAAAAAACUGUAAAUAAAAAACAACAACACUAUUCUUUCUACCUGAGAGAACACUUGUUUAGGAAUU